AUGGGCUUAAGGAUCCUCGGAACAGGCUCUCUUCAUGGAGAAACACCGAUUGUUGUCAAUCGCAUGGUUGCAAUCGAUCUCCAUAACCCGCCUUCAGAGCAAGUUGAUUCAUCUCCAAGUCUUAUUCCUGUUUCCAUCGGGUCGCUGCAAAAUCUCGUUGUCUUGAUGCUUGAAGAGAAUAAAUUAAAUGGUACCCAACAAGAUAGUUUAGGACAACUUACUAAGCUGUCAUACUUAGAUGUUUCUUCCAAUCAGUUGACAGACACGGUAACUGAAGAACAUUUUUCAAUGCUGGCAAAAUUGAAGAUUGUAGUCAUACGUUUCAAAUUCGAGCAUUUUUGGUUUUAUACCAAACUGGUUUUGGGAUAUAUCUUCCUGAUUAACGUUUUUAAACAUGUCAAAUAA